GACGUCAGAGCCGGAGAAAAAACAACAACAGAGAACGUGGUUUGUUUUGUUCAUCGAUGUUCUAGAGCGAGGAAGAAGGCGCACGUCGACGCACGUGUGUAGAAAACAUUGAAAACGGGGGUCUUGCCCGUCUCCCUCGCGCGUGGACUGUUCGGCCGUGGGUUUGCAUCUUUGGCAGGUACCAUGGUGCACUCAAUGCGUCCCCUCGUUCUGGCUGGACCAUCUGGUUCAGGAAAGUCGUCACUCUUGCGCCUUCUGUUUGAGGAAUUCCCUGACAAGUUUGGAUUCAGUGUGUCUCACACAACACGAUCACCUCGCCCUGGUGAAGAAAAUGGCAAGCAUUAUCAUUUCACCACACUGGAGGAGAUGAAAGCUGCCAUUGAACGGGGUGAAUUCAUAGAAAGUGCCACAUUUUCAAAUAACAUGUAUGGAACAAGCAAAGCUGCAGUUAACGCUGUUCAAGCAGAAGGCAAAGUUUGUGUACUUGACAUUGAAGUGGAGGGAGUCAAGCAGGUCAAGCUGACAGAUCUGAACCCCCUUUUCGUUUUCGUAAAACCACCCUCCAUGGAAGAACUGGAGAAGAGGUUGCGGGCUCGCAACACUGAAACAGAGGACAGCUUACAGAGGAGGCUGACCACAGCUCGUUCUGAGCUGGCUUACGCCGAAGUUCCUGGAAACUUUCAUCUGGUCUUGGUCAAUGACAGUCUUGAGAAGGCCUACAUUCGCCUGCGAGACUUUAUUCUUAGUGACAUGGAAGCUGCAAGCCCCAGCUCUGCAGACUUUUGGUGCUGCCUGGGAUCAACUUCAUCAGAUCGUACAUCGGAUGAUUACUACUAUAUGUCCACCAAUCAAUCAGUUGCUAAUGCAACGGUUUCCGGUAUUAAUAACUCAUCUGAGAAUGCUGUUGAUGUCAACAAUCCAUGUGGAAGCCUCACUGAUGAUCGACCCUCAUGUCAAGCGGAUUCCUCUGCAGGAAAUGACUCUGCUCAGGGAUGUGAUAACUCUGGGGAAAGGAACAAUUCAUGGGGGGCUGCUGAUUCUAGUGGGGGUGGAGGCAUUGAAUCAAGUAGUGGAUGCGAUUCUGGUGGUGGCUUUGACUCGGGUGGGGGCUGUGACUCGGGUGGGGGCUGUGAUUCGGGUGGUGGCUGUGAUUAAGUGGGGAAAUGCAAAUAUAAAUGUGAUCCUAUAAAUGCCUUCAGCUUAUAAAAUUUUUGAGCUAUUUUUUCACUUAUAGCGCAAUUUCUUUACUCUUUUAUAAGUUAAUACUACUAAUGGUUCUUUUUUUUAAGGUUCUUGUUCUACAGUCCAAGCCUGCCUCUUAAGGGAACUAAGGUCUUAACCGUACUUGCUAGCCUCUAUGUGGGAAAAAAACUGAACAGAGACUGCUAAUUUUUCAGCAUAUUUCAUCUAAGGACAUUUGAAUAUUUUUUUAACACUGUCCCUGAAUUUUAUUCCUCACCCAUCUUAUUCUCAUUCAGUUUGCUGAGUUUUUUCUGACUGAUGUGGGCUGGUCUUUUGGUCUAUUUUUUCUCCUCCUUUCUUAAGAUAUCUUUUUCUUUCAUACAGACACAACCAAUCAUGGCUAGAUAGAUGGGCCCCAUGGAGAGACCUUGUCGUAAUGACAGGUUUGAGGAAGAGUAUUGGAGCAACUCAAGUUUGCCAUUAGCAAUACAGAUUAUUCUGCUGUGACUAGGAAGUUGAGCUCGUAAGGGUAGUAUUUCUCCUGUUACUUCUUUUUUAUCAUUUUGUCCCUUUUAAAAUUAAUUACGUUUAGUCUCACUUUUUCUGUAGAAAGAAGUUUUGCUUACUAGGAUAUGGAUAUGUGUACUAACGUUUUUUGAUUAAUUUUGUGUCAUUCCAUAUUUUUUCACUCUGUAACUGGAUAUCAUGUAACUUAAUGCCUGUUAUCAAGAAAGUGUUUGUUUUUGUACUGGCUUCUUAUGUCAAGUUUGUGCUUUAUCAAUUUCUGUCAAAAAUCAAUUUCUGUCUUUUGAUAAUGAUCUUUUAUCUUUAUUUAGCCAGUGAAUCAGACCACUAGUCUUAACUUAUGUAGUGAAGUUACAGCAACUGCCUCUGAUAUUGUGAUGUACUUGUGAUUUUAACUUGUAUGGGUAUUCCAUGUGUGCUAGUAUUAACAAGGGAUUGUUUUGGAAUUUGUGAGGCAUUUUCUGGAUACCACCUCCAAUAUGCAUUUCAGUCUACUAAGCUUGUUCUUCUUUCUCAGAAUUACACACAAAUUCUCUUGCCUAAAAGAUGAGGUUCCAUCCAUUGAUGUUUUAAUCUCAUAUAAUCCAUAAAGUAGGACUUUUUUUACGUUGAAUUUUUGUUGGACCUUCGCAGGGUACUGAGUACUCCUGGAUUAGUAUUAAUUAAGUAGAUUGCGGUAGAAGUUGUUACACAUGAUAAAUUGUGAGAGUACUAGUUCUAGCCUGAGCUGCUUGAAAGUUAGACAACUGCCUUGCUGGCACAUGCUGUUUGGGUUGCUGAAAUGUUGCAAUUUUGGAUUGGAGUUGACAUUACAAAUGAAACUCGGCUCUUUCACUUCAUUUGCAUUUAAUUUAUUAGUCUGAUUUACUGUUAGGCCAUAUUGUCCUUGUUUUUCAAUUAUAGUAAGGUUUUGAAGUAGUUUGUGUUAAACAUUGCAGACUGUGGGCCACGAGGCAGCUGUUACUGGCAUAAUGUAAACCAAUAAAUCAAUUGCUAAGACAAA